AAAAUUAAGAACCUAGAAGAAGUAUAGACACACCGGCCAUUACUCCUCUCUCUUUCUCUCUCUACAUUCAUAUAUAAAUAUAUAUAUAUAGUUUGAGCUUUGUUGCUAUAUAUAAUAAAUUCAUGAUAAAUUCUUUAGUAAAAGACUUUCUUGUUUCAAUACUAUAUAUAUAUUCAUCAAGAAGGAAUAUUAAGUAGACAAAUUAUUUAUUAUAUAUAUAUAGUAAAUGAUGGAAUUGGUUAUGGUGGAAUCAUCAUCUUCAUCUUCUUCUUCUUUAGAGAAAAAUAUUAAUAAUAAUGUUAUAAUAAAAUCAUCAUCAUGUGAAGAAGAACAUUUUCAUGUAUUGGCUGUGGAUGAUAAUCUCAUUGACAGAAAGCUCUUGGAAAGGCUUCUUAAAGUUUCUUCAUACAAAGUGACAUGUGUUGAUUCUGGAGAUGAAGCACUGAAAUAUUUGGGUUUGGUUGAUCAUAAUAAUUCAGACAAAAAUUCCAUUGAUAAUGCUUCUUCUUCUUCAUCAUCAUCAACCCCCAACUCACCACCACAAGAGAUGGGAUCAAAAGUCAACUUGAUCAUGACGGACUAUUGUAUGCCCGGAAUGACCGGAUAUGAUUUACUUAAACGCCUCAAGGAAUCUUAUUGGAAAGAUGUACCAGUUGUAGUAAUGUCAUCAGAGAAUGAACCUUCUAGAAUCAACAAGUGUUUAGAAGAAGGAGCAGAAGAAUUUCUAUUAAAACCAGUUCAAUUAUCAGAUUUAAAGAAGCUUGAGCAUUACCUACUCAAAUCUAUAAUACUUGAUCAUAAUCACUCUUCUUCUCAAACCAUUAUUAACCACCAUUUUGCACAAAACGACAUCGUUCCAAUCCAAAACCUUGACAACUCUACCAAUAAUAAUAAUAAUAAUAAUAAUAAUAAUAAUAAUAAUAAUAUAAUGGUGAUGAACAAGAGAAAGGCAUCAAUCUCUCCGGGAACUAAUUCCCAGAGAAGAAGACCGAAAGUCGAAGGACUAACAAGUACUCUAUGAAAAUUGACACGUUACUAUGUGUAAUGUUUGGAUGCAUAUUUUAAGUACUGAUACCGUUAUUAGUAUAAUAUCAAUAAAAACUAGCUAUCGAUAUAGCUAGAGUAUUAUGUGCAAAGAAUAUCUUAUAUAUGGCUAAAUUUUGGUGUAUUAAUGUUGCUGUAAUAUAGCAAAGUUUAUUUAGUAGUUUGGUUAUUCACUUUUCUGCAUAUGGUAUAAGCAAGUUUAAUGUUUUGGUGUACUUUGGUUACUAAAAAAGAAAAAUAAUAAUAAUAAAUUUAUUGUAUUAUAAUUUGUGCUACAAA